AAAUAAUACACACUAAACAGUAUAUGCUCUACCUUUUACUCGAAGUCCUUUGCUUUUAAAACCCAGCCAUGUGACUUGCAACAGCAUAAAAAUCACACAAACUCUUAUUUCGAAGGGAUACUACUAAAGCUGUUAGCUGGCUGGAUGCAGGGAUUUUCUGGCUGAAUUACAUGGAGGCAGGCAGAUAACCAUGGCUUUAGCAUUACAUGAUAACUAAACACAACGGUGCUUUCCCGUUGACAUUAUUUAGCAUUUCAAGCCUGCUGUCUGUGCAAACGGCGGCUUGUUUCUGGACUUCAGGCUGCUCCAGUGAGGAGGAAGCUAGCUGUCAAGCAGCUAGUAGCAGACUAUCCGGCCACAUCAGCACCGCUGAGAUCAGCCUGCCACGGUAGCAUCAAUAGAUUCAAUGAUGGCAGACAGUAUCAUGAGCAAGGCUGCUACCAUGGAGAUCCCCAUUAACAGCAAUGGAGACACAGGGACUCUGCCAGAGGAUGACAGCCUGGAGCAGGAUUUGCAGCAGGUGAUGGUGUCUGGACCCAACCUGAAUGAAACCAGCAUUGUCUCAGGAGGUUAUGGAGGACCUGCAGGGGGCAUCAUUCCCACCAGCACCAUCAAAGGGCCUGCUGUUCACUACAACCCUCAGUAUCUGGACAGAAGACGAGCUCCUCCACCAGGACCAGACAUUCGCAUGAAAUCCAGGGGUGUUAGCUUGCCUAAAAGCCAAUCUACAGCCAGUCGACUUGCCCAACACACAGACCAGCAUCCAGGAUCUUCGAACAAUAACACUGGUAACUCCACUGAAGAAGUUUCUCGUGGUGUGGCAGUGGAGAAAUUGGACAGUGUAAAGAAAUGGGGCAUAAACACAUACAAGUGUACAAAGCAGAUGUUCUCAGAGAGGUUUGGCAGAGGUUCAAGAACAGUAGACCUGGAACUGGAGGCCCAGAUUGACGUGUUAAGAGAUACCAAGAGCAAGUAUGAAACCAUCCUCAGACUGGCCACUGCACUCACCUGUCAUUUUCAAAGCAUGGUGCAGACACAACAGGCCCUAGGAGACACCUUCACCGACCUCAGCCAGAAGUCCCCAGAGUUGCAGGAUGAGUUUGGGUAUAAUGCAGAAACACAAAAGCUGUUGUGUAGGAAUGGCGAGGCUCUGCUCAGUGCCAUCACCUUCUUCGUGUCCAGUAUCGACACCCUGGUCAACAAAACAAUGGAGGAUACUCUGAUGACCAUUAAGCUGUAUGAAAACGCAAGACUUGAGUUUGAUGCCUAUCGUUCUGAUCUGGAGGAGAUGAGUUUGGGCCCUAAGGAUGCAGCUGCCAUGGUCCGCAUUGAUAUGGCUCAGCAUGAUUACCAGAUCCACAGAGACAAAUAUGAAAGGCUGCGCAGUGAUGUCACCAUCAAGCUCAAAUUCCUGGAUGAAAACAAGGUGAAGGUUAUGCACAAGCAACUACUUCUCUUCCACAAUGCUAUCUCAGCUUACUUUGCUGGCAACCAGGAGCAGUUGGAACAAACUCUAAUACAGUUCAAUGUAAAGUUAAAGCCGCCAGGAUCAGACAAGCCGUCCUGGCUGGAGGAGCAGUAAAGAGCGCUCAGGGUUCAGCUGGUUCAGAUGUACAGAGACGCGCUUGUCAGUGAAGAACUUGACAUUGUGGUUAGAUGGACAAGAAUGAAAUGUAUAAAUGAGUAUAUUGUAGGAUCAAUUGCGGCCAGUGGUAAAGAAAACCAUGAGAUAUCUCUUUUGUAAUGUUUUUCAGUAUCACGUAUUACAUAGAUGGUACAACAAUUUGAGUUGUAUUUAGAUUUAUUUUGUGUGUUAAGUCACAAAAUGACCUUUUUGUUACUUUCUUAUUCUUUAGGUAGCACAAUCAUUUACAUGAAUGUCACUUCUUAUUUAUGUACAGUAUAGUCGACUAUUGUGGAGAUACCCCUUUGGCAGUUUUGCACAUGCAUUAUUUUGUUGUUUUUUUAAAUGUCGUCUAAAGCGUUAUCUUAUAUUUUCAGAGUAUAUCACAUUGGAGGAAUUCCACAAAUCAGAUUAGCAAGUUAGAGGGGUAAUGUCAAAAAUGUCAUGAAAUAUCUUCUGAAAUUGUAUUUAUUUUUGAGAAUGCAUGACGAAACCAAGUUCUUCAAAUUUAGUUUGACAGAUUUAGAUCAAAGACAUCAGGAUAUGGCAUCAUUUUCAUUUAUCCCCCCUGCUUCUAAUAUCGCCUUGUGGUGUACCUACACGCAUAGAAGGGAAAAUAUAUAUAUAUAUAUAGUGCAUAUAGUCAUUUUCUCUAACCUAAUAUACAAUCCAUAAUUAGUUUGAUCUCCUUAAUGUAGGUUACCUUCAGACAUGUCCUUAUGAAUUCAGCAAUCAUAACAGAUGUUACACUUAGUAACUCAGCAUCAAUCCACAUAUUGGAUGCUUCAAUGAUAAAUACAAACAUAUGAACUAUCAUAAAGAAAUCAAAAUGCAACACAUAGCCAAUGUUUGAUUGACUAUGUUUUAAUAGGAGGCGCAGUGCGCAACUAAUAAAAAAACAGCCUUUGAGACUCAUUGUUUCAAGUUCUAAAACACGCACAGUGAAUGGAAACACAGGACACAUGUGAUACCACAUGCAUUCUGGUUUACAAUGCAAGUUUCAGUGUCUGUUCAAGGACAGAAUGUACGAGUACCUUUUUUCUUAUUCUGUUAUUUAUUUACCAAUCUGUUUGUGACAUGACAUUAUAUGUUAUGUACAUUUCUUUUCAAUUCUGGUCAGCUGAUUGUCUUUGUCUUGUUCUGCAUUUCCAAUAAAAACCUGCUGGAUGUUUGGUUUCACUUAAGUGUGCCGUCGACACAGAUCUGUCAGGUUCAUAUGGGAAGCUCUCGCGCAGCUUUGUCACAGAUUAUGUACAGAAAAAUAUAUGUUAUAUGUAUGGCACCGUUAAUUAUGUACGUGACAAUACAAUCUGAUAUAUCUCUAA